AUGCAACGUGGCAGCGACUUCCUCUUCGUGAACUGCGAUGGCCACCAAGCCCGAAUUCAUCAAGGAGAAAGGAAAGAUUUGAACCGACAUGUCCAAUACACCUGCCGCCGCCAUGAUCCUCGGCGAUGGACGACAGCCACUCCUCUACCUCGCCAGAUCAAAUUCAGCAGUCUCUCCCGAAGGAGCAAUAGCCCUCGCAAACGCAAGCGAGUGCCAGAAGCCUCUACCGUGGUGGAACACACUGGACCAGGCCCAUUAGAUCUCGCCUUACCUCUAUACCAGUGGGAGAGCCCGACUGAAUGCAGGUUUUACGAUUACUACACUAAAGUAGUCGCUCACAACAUCUUUUGUGACAAGUCGAGCCAGUUCUGGCAAACCUACAUACUCCAGUCCUGUCACCAGCUGCCUGUUGUCAUGCAGUCAUUGAUCGCACUCAGUGCAGCUUUCAGAGAGACAGAUGAUGCUUACGCACGGCCGAGUCAUGUUCCUUCGAAGCUCUCGGAGAGUCCGUCAGCUGCAUUGUCGAAAGCGAUCAGCAUGCUGAGAGCAUACAUCUCGUUGGACGGGAGUCCCUCACAUGCCGUUGUGCUGACGUGCGCCAUUAUCCUGUAUGCGUACGCCAAGGUGCUCGGCGAUCAGCAAGCAGCAUCUACUCACCUCGAGAGAGCUAUCCACAUAUUCGACACAUGGGCAAUGUCGUUCGCUGGACGCGAGAAGCCAGACGACUUCAGAACAAUCUGA